UCUUCUUCUGCAAAUCGAUAUUCGAAGAGAGAUGGGAUCGAAUUUUUCCAUGGCGCAGAACACUUCCACCGAUGGCUCGUCGCAUCCGUCUCGGAUUAUUUCAUUCCAUUCCACGGCACGAUGGAAGGCUCACUUUGAUGCUUACAAUACUUCCUCCAAUCUGCUGGUGAUUGAUUUCUCGGCAACAUGGUGUGGCCCCUGCAAAUUAAUCGAACCAGCGAUCGUUGAGAUGGCUAACAAAUACACCGAUGUCGAGUUCGUCAAGAUCGAUGUCGAUGAAUUAGUGGAUGUGGCACAGGAAUUUGGAGUGCAGGCGAUGCCAACCUUCAUUCUGAUUAAAGAAGGGAAAGAAGUGGACAAGGUUGUAGGUGCCAAAAAGGAUGAACUCGAGAAGAAGAUCAUCAAGCACCGCCCUUCUGCUCUCACCUCCACCAUUUGAUCAUCUUUUCUCAUAUUCUCAUAGUUGGGUUUCCCUUCAAAUGUUGAUCAGCGUAGAAUAAAGCUAUGAUGGGUUGUUAGGG